GCCUCCACCACGUACUGCAUUACUGCCUGCAACUCCAAGCAGCAUCUGGACGGAGCCGAAAUUGCUACGAAGCAAAGAGGCUCCACGAACGUGCGUACCAUGGCGCGGCCAGGCCACUCGGCGUGGUUCCUCCUCGUAUCCACGGCCACGCUGCUGCUCGCGUCCGGCGCGUCGGCACAGGGCAGCUGCGCGAACGCGACGUUCCCGGCGGGGCGGUCGUUCGCGCGGUGCAGCACGCUGCCAGUGCUCGGGGCCAGCCUCUACUGGAACUACCACGCCGCGAACGGCACGGCCGAGCUCGCGUUCCGGGCGCCGUCGGCCACGGGCGGGUGGGUCGCGUGGGGCAUCAACACCGACGGCACCGGCAUGGCCGGCAGCAGCGUGUUCGUGGCGUCCCAGAGCGCCAAUGGAGCCGUGUCCGUGCUCAUGACCGUCCUGGAGAGCUUCUCCCCCAGCCUAAAGAACGGGACCCUCAAGUUCGACGUGCCCGUGGGGCCGAGCGCGGAGUACGGCGGCGGCACGUACACGAUGUACGCGACGGUGGCGCUUCCGGGGAACGCCACGCAGCAGAACACGGUGUGGCAGGCCGGCCCGCUCAGCGGCGGCGCCGUAUCGCCCCACCCGAUGUCCGGGAACAACUUGAAGAGCGUCCUCAGGCUGGACUUCCUCUCCGGCUAGCUACCACGGCCGCCGAGGGUCCUUGCCUCCUUGGCUCCGCGCUGCGCUCUAUUGGUAGUACGAUGCUCGUAUAAAUAAUUCACGCGCGAUCGAUGCAUUUCAGUCGUUGUUGAUGUUCCUUAGAUUAAUGUCCCUUAUUAGGUGCAUGCGUCAGCGUUGUACAUACAUACUACAGUCAGAUUAUUUGACGGGUGGCUAUCUACAGCUUUCCAGUUAUGUUUC